UGAUUUUUGGGGCUGUUUUUCAAUGGAUGAAGAAGCCUCUUCACCUUUCCAUCUGGCUUUGGAUGGAGCUGGGCUUGGCCACAGGUUGGAUUCUGUUGCUUUGCCACUCGCUCCCUCCUCAGCUUUGGACUUUGCAGCCUGUCCAUGAGGUGUCCAAGAGGCUUUUCUCAGCCAGCCAAGCCUCAGAGUUGCCUGUUUGUCUCCACAGAGGUGACUCCACAGCAGGAAAAGCCCAAACCUUGUGCUGUUGGCCCAUUUUCCCCUCGUUGCACCCUGCAGGCAUCUCAGCAUCACCCUCCAGACAUCCUGGGCUCACCUGGGUGGCUUUUUUUCCCCUCCCCUCUUUUCUGUGAGGUUUGUUGAGGUUUUGGGCUUGAGGAACCUUCCUUCCAGCCCCUUUAGGAGCUGACACAAAGCUUUUGAACCCUUCUCAUCCCGUUGCUCUUGGGCUUCAUGCAAACCCAGCUCUUGUGGAGGUUGCAAGGGGAGGAACUGAAGCCAUCACCCUUCAGGUAAGCACAGAGGCCACCACCAUGGACCUGGAACCUGUGAGGACAGAGGAAACAACCCCCUUGAGGUGGCCACAGGAGGAGAAAAGGUGAAGCUCCCAUGGAAACACCAACCCAACAAGGUUAAUGGUGACUCACAGGUGAGAGAGAUGAGAAUCAUUCACCCAUUUCCACGGCUGCUCCUCAUCUUCCCGGGAAAGGCCAAUCCAGUGAUCUGAAACCCCUUUGUACCUCAUCACAAAGCUCUGAAGAAGAAGGAGAAAGGCUUUUGGGGCAGGCUGGGAGCUUUGGGGCCACCUCUGGUCAUGGCUGGAGAAGUUGUUUAUGCUGAUUUAAGGCAUCCUGGGGAUGGUUUUUCUCCUGCUCAGAAGCGUCCUGCUCCUGCCUCGUGCCCGUGGUGGCACAGGGUCCUCCUCAAAGCCAGCGUGCUGGGGCACCUCGUCCUGCUGCUGCUGGUGCUGGUGCUGGGUGUGAGGGUUUUUCAGGGCUCCCUGCAGCAGGAGGCGAGAAACGUUUCCCAGCAAAGCGAAGCGAUGCAGGGAGGGAACAGCACGUGUGUGAUCUCAGCCAUGAUUCGGUACUUCUGUGAGCCCCAAUGGGACAGAGCCCCAGCCCUUGCUGGCUGCAAGCUGUGUCCUCGGACCUGGGAGCUGCAUGGGGACACCUGCUACCAGCUCUCCAAGGAGAAGGGAAGCUGGGCUCAAGGCAAGAAGGACUGUGAAACUCAGAGGUCUCAGCUGGUGGUCAUCAGGGACGAGAAAGAGAAGGAGCACAUGAGGAACAUCACACUCCACAAGCCCGUGUGGAUCGGUUUAACCUCGUGCCAUGCCGAGUGCAGAUGGGUGGACAACACACCCUUUGACAUCCAAAUGUUUGGGCCCCUGCAGGAGAAUGAAGGGAUGUGUGCGACCCUCAAGAACCAAGAGCUGGAUUUUGAUGUCUGUGACAACGACCAACAUUGGGUUUGCCAGAAGAAACCCAUGAAUCUGCCCCACCCUGAGGCAGGAGAUGGAGAGAAAUGCACCAACAACCUCUGGCCUCUGCCCAUCCCACCAGACACAACAUUUGGGGAGGGGGCAAAGGAGUGAAACCACCUUUAUCCUCACCCUGAUUUCAUCCCAAAGCAUCUCCCGUGUAGCUCAGGGCAGUUUGGGGGGUUGAGAAACCAGGAGCAUCUGGACCCACAGAGCAUCAA